AUUAGGAAAUGGUGUGUGAAAGGGUUAGUGGCUGGUCAGCUAUCUGAAACUAGAGCAAGACCUUUCGUGUCUGUAGGCGUUGUUUAUUUAAGUUUUAGCGACAGGGCAGCAUUGAGGUGUCUUUGUUUGUAUGUGCAGUGCGAUACAAUUAAUGUCAAAAGUCUGAGACUAACAUAUACAAAGCGAGCAAGCUUUUGUUUGCGAAACGAUAAUGCUAACUAGCGAUAGCUAACUUGCUAGCUUGCUCAGUGUCUUGAGUCGUCAGGAGCGUUGUGUUGACUCCUACACACCAGCUACCUUGUGGAUUAGUUCUUUGGCCUCGUAGCCAACCUUUUACGAAUGGCAAUGUCUUUGACAUAGCCAACUAGUAUUAACGAUGUAUGUGUGUAGAGAUACUUGUGAUGCAGAUUGUGUGUGGCCACUGGAACGCCAGGUAUAGCUACUACCUCAUGCGGAAUAACUGUCGUAGCUAGCUAGAGUAGCUAACGACUCCAAUGGAAUAGGGUAUAAAAGUGAAUGAUCAGCUGAUUGAGCUAACCAGCUAAUCUAUUUAGCUUGCUGUAGUUGUCCUCGUUGUUAAAGGGCUUUGUGGAUGUUCCGCAAUGAAGGCGACGAGGAUCUGUCAACUUCUAUUUGUUGUCAUAUUUGUGUCUCUGGGAACAACAGCUGAUUUGCAAGCCGAAGAGAAUGAAGUGCCAGACGUCAAGCAGAACAUAGAGAAGAAGGAACAGGUCCCAGUAGGGGCCCAUGUGGUAGCAGGCCAGUCCAUUUACCCACAGGAGCCAACCCCAACGGAGGAGCAGGCCCAGGAGGAGCAGGAGCAUGGCAGGGGAGCACCAGAAAUGGAGGUGGAGAAGGAGGACCUACCUGACCAGCCCUCCCCUCCCCAAGUGAAGCCCAAAGAGAUUCCCGUGGCGAUUGGGGGCACAGCCUCAGGGGAGCCCUGCCUCUUCCCAUUCCGCUUCCUGGGCAAGGAGUACAGCGACUGCACUACCGAGGGCCGCCGCGACGGCAGGCUGUGGUGUGCCACCACCUACGAUUACGACCACGACAAAAAGUGGGGCUUCUGUGAAACGGAGGAGCAGGCAGAACAGAGGCGGCAAGCUGAGGAGGCCGAGGAACAGUAUCAGUCUGCCGUCCGGAUGAUCAACAGCACCAACCGGAAGAGCCAGAAGAAAGAGGCAUAUGAGAGGCUACUGAAGAUCUCUGCUAAAGGUCACGUCAAAGCGACAGAGAAGGUGGCCUAUGCCAUGUUGUUUGGAGAAUACAUCCCUCAGAACGUCACUAAGGCCAAGGAUCUGUUUGAGAAGCUUGCACUUGAUGGGUCCCCCAAAGCCCAAAUGGCUCUCGGCUUCCUGUAUGCGGCAGGUCUGGGAGUGAACUCCAGUCAAGCGAAGGCUUUGGUUUACUAUACCUUUGGUGCCUUGGGUGGUAACCUGCUUGCCCAUAUGAUUCUGGGCUACAGAUACUUUGGAGGAGUUGGAGUGCCUCAGAGCUGCGAAUCAGCGCUCACUCACUACAGACUCGUGGCCAAUCAUGUGGCUAACGACGUCUCCCUGACGGGGGGCAGUGCUGUGCAGAGGAUCCGACUGCUGGACGAGGUGGAGAACCCUGGCUCCAGCAGCAGCAUGCUGGAGGAGGACCUCAUCCAGUACUACCAGUUCCUGGCCGAGAAGGGAGAUGUCCAGGCACAGGUUGGUCUGGGUCAGCUGCAUCUUCAUGGCGGUCGAGGAGUUGAGCAGAAUCACCAGCGUGCCUAUGACUACUUCAACCAAGCUGCCAAUGCAGGAAACACCCAUGCCAUGGCCUUUUUAGGAAAGAUGUACUCCGAGGGGAGUGAGUUUGUGCCGCAGAACAACGAGACGGCGCUGCAGUACUUCAAAAAGGCCUCUGAUCUGGGUAACCCAGUGGGACAGAGUGGUCUGGGAAUGGCCUACCUGUAUGGAAGAGGGGUCCCUGUGAACUAUGAGCUGGCUCACAAAUACUUCCAGAAAGCUGCUGAACAAGGUUGGGUGGAUGGACAGCUUCAACUAGGAACCAUGUACUACAAUGGGAUUGGUGUGAAGCGAGACUACAAGCAGGCACUCAAGUACUUUAACCUGGCCUCCCAGGCUGGCCACAUCCUGGCCUACUACAACCUGGCACAGAUGCACGCCACUGGCACAGGGGUCAUGAGGUCCUGUCCUACUGCUGUGGAUCUCUUCAAGAACGUGUGUGAGCGCGGGCGCUGGUCUGAGCGUCUGAUGGCGGCCUACAGCAGCUUUAAGGACGGCGACCUGGACUCAGCGCUGGUGCAGUACCUGCUGCUGGCCGAGCAGGGCUACGAGGUCGCCCAGAGCAACGUGGCCUUCAUCUUGGACCAAACAGAGGGGUUGCGUAUCUUCAGUGAGAAUGAGACGUAUCCACGCGCGUUACUCCACUGGACCAGAGCUGCUGUCCAGGGCUACACAGUGGCCCGCAUCAAGCUGGGCGACUACCAUUUCUAUGGGUACGGCACGGAUGUGGACUACGAGACUGCAGUCAUGCACUACCGUCUGGCCUCAGAGCAGCAGAACAGCGCCCAGGCCAUGUUCAACCUGGGCUACAUGCACGAGAAGGGCCUGGGCAUCAAACAGGUGAAGGACAUCCACCUGGCCAAGCGCUUCUAUGACAUGGCAGCCGAGGCCAGUCCUGAUGCCCAGGUGCCCGUGUUCCUGGCACUGUGCAAGCUGGGAGUCGUCUACGCACUGCAGUACCUGCAGGAUCUCAAUCCGAGGGAUAUGUUUACUCAGGUGGACCUGGACCAGUUGCUGGGUCCUGAGUGGGAUCUGUACCUGAUGACGGUCAUCGCCCUGCUCCUGGGCACCGUCAUCGCCUACCGCCAGAGGCAGCACCAGGCUCCCCCGCGCCCGCCUCCAGUGCCCCCGAGACCCGCCGAGCAGCCUGACCAGCCUGACCAACCAGGGCCCGCCAUGCCUGAGGAGCAGUGAGACACCCAUCCACCCCCCCCCCCCCACCCCCUUACCCCUCAGCCAUCACCACCAGGAGCGGGGGAGAGAGCGGGCCGAGGAGAGGGCUAGCGGGAGCGCUAAGAGACUCAAAUCAGAAGCUCCUCUCCUCUGUUACCCCUCACUCUCCUAGGAAACUGCCCAACGAUGGAGGAGACCAUCCAUCAACUUCAUUA